GUCAAGGUGUGGAGUUCCGCCUCCGGUUUGUGUUCUUCCUUUUUGAAGAGUUAAAAUCAUGGCGACGCAGCAACUAUCAAAGAAGCGAAAGUUUGUCACAGAUGGCAUUUUCAAGGCCGAGCUCAACGAGUUUCUGACUCGUGAGUUAGCAGAAGAUGGUUACAGUGGUGUUGAAGUUAGAGUGACACCAACACGCACUGAGAUUAUAAUCCUUGCAACACGCACUCAAAAUGUUCUGGGUGAAAAAGGUAGAAGAAUACGUGAAUUAACUUCCGUCGUUCAGAAACGUUUUGGUUUCCCAGAAGGCACUGUUGAGUUGUAUGCUGAGAAAGUUGCAACCCGAGGACUUUGUGCAAUUGCUCAGUGUGAAUCCUUGAGGUACAAGCUGAUUGGUGGAUUAGCAGUCAGAAGAGCCUGUUAUGGUGUGCUGCGUUUCAUCAUGGAAUCUGGUGCUAAGGGCUGUGAAGUAGUAGUUUCUGGCAAACUUAGAGGACAGAGAGCCAAGUCAAUGAAGUUUACAGAUGGUCUCAUGAUUCACAGUGGUGAGCCUCUGAAUGACUAUGUUGACACAGCUGUCAGGCACGUACUUCUUAGACAAGGUGUCUUGGGUAUCAAAGUUAAAAUUAUGUUGCCAUGGGAUCCAAGUGGAAAAUUGGGUCCAAGACGACCAUUACCUGAUCAUGUCAGCAUAGUAGAGCCUAAAGAAGAAACUGCUCCAGCACAACCUUACAGUGAAGGUAAAGGUGGAAAGGCAACAGAUGCUGCUGCUGCUCCAGCCAUUGGAACAGUGCCUGCAUAAGUGACAGUACUGAAACUUGUUUAUGCUUAAAUUGGAAAAUAAAAAGUUAACUGUACAUCUUA